AACAGUACUUGCUAGGAGAAGAAAUUAGAUAGUAUGCCAUUUCGGGUUUAAAAUCUGACAGUAUGGUUCAGGACGGGUAUAGCCACAUGUCUCGGGUAUGGGUCGUGUUUCAUUUUAAGGCCCGCACUUUAUGAUUCCAGUAUUGUCCGAUUUUAUUGAUGAUUUUAAAUAUGUUCUUUGAUUGUAAUCUUGACUGACAGUUUUUAAGAUUUUGGUCUUUCCCCAUUUAAGUAGAUAGGAGCUGCACUGGCAUAUAUGAAACUAGCCUCCCGAGUGCGUUCCAAAGAUUGCCGACAGUGGACUGACUUGCUAGUAGUAAUACUUUGCUGUUACACUCUCUGCUAUGGUAAAAACGCGGAGGUUGCCGUCUCAGUAUAGAACGUCUCUGGCCAAACCCCCUGCAGCCGUGCCGAGCGCUCUGAUUGGCUGCGGCCGGAGCCACAGGAAGCGACGGCUGAGCUCGAUGAUUGGCUGAUAUUUUCUUUGUGUGCGGGGCAGCUGGCGACUCGUCUGCAUUUUCAAUGGUCUCGUGUUGGGAGGCGAAGGUGUCCAUGGGCAGUACAGCAACAAAGGAGCCAGGAUGGUGUUAGUGCACGUCGGAUAUCUGGUUCUUCCCGUCUUCGGUUCCGUAAGAAAUAGAGGAGCACAUUUUAGCAGGCACCAGCAUAGUCAUGCUACCUCCUGCCGGCAUUUUCAUCUGGCUGCCACAGCAACGGCGCUGCCUGCCGAGUUCCCACCCCCUCCCCUCGCCCCACCUCCUUACCAGGAAGUCCCGCCUCCUUUCCUACCUCAGGCCUUACAGCAGCAAUACCUCAUCCAGCAACAGCUACUGCAGCGCAGACGCACACAGGAGCGAGUCCCACUGAACACGCAACGGUUACGCCCAGGAUACGAAUAUGCUCUGCCCCUCCACGUCCCACAGCCAAUCCCACAGCAGCCCAGAUACCUUGCGGAGGGCACAGACUGGGAUCUGAGUGUGGAUGCAGGUGUCCCUCAUCAGUAUCCUCUGCAGCAGCUUCCUCAACCCUACCAACACUACCUGGCCUCUCCCAGAAUGCAUCACCUGCCCAGAAACACGUCCUCCACCCAGGUGGUUGUCCAUGAGAUUAGGAACUAUCCGUACCCACAGCUCCAUUUGCUGGCGCUACAGAGCUUGAGUCCCAGCCGACAUGCAUCUGCUGUUAGAGAGAGCUAUGAGGAAUUGUUGCAGUUGGAGGAUCGAUUGGGAAGUGUCAAUCGAGGUGCAGUGCAGACAACCAUAGAGAGAUUCACCUUCCCUCACAAAUACAAGAAGCGGAAGCCACUGGAUCUGAAGUUGUAUGAGAGUGAGGAAGAGUCUGAUGUGGAUGAGAAAUGCACUAUCUGCCUCUCCAUGCUGGAGGAUGCAGAAGAUGUCAGGCGGUUACCCUGUAUGCAUUUAUUCCACCAGGUGUGUGUGGAUCAGUGGUUGGCCACCAGCAGGAAGUGUCCCAUCUGCAGAGUGGACAUCCAGACACAGCUCACACCCGAGAGCUGAAACACACACAUGAACAAAUAACACGCACUCUUUCGCUCUUAUAAGACACAUUAAUUUACAUAUAUCUCUAAACAGAUGUAGGAGAAACCCCGUUUGCAGGGUUUGCAUCCAAAACACAGCUCACACACACUGUAUAUUACAUACACAUGUUUGUGUACAAAUCAUGCACUCCACAAGAAUGAGCCAUUCAACACACACUAAAAACACACUUAAAUGCUAUACUGAGCCAAUGAGAAUAACUGACACUACACACGCUAACACACACUGGUAGAGCUUAAUAAAGGGUCUGUUGUGAAGGGUGAUGCUGUUUGUAGGGAAAUGGUGUGUGUUCGUAGCAUAUGUGUGUGUAUCUGUGCAAUUCUUUAAGCCAUGAACUUUACUAAAGACCCUCAGCUUGUAUACAAUACACGCACAGUGACUCGCACACCAAUUAACGAUAGUACACUCAUGCAUGCGCAUAUUUGGGUAUAUACAUGAUGAAGCUCUUGGCGGAUAAGACACUGUUAAAUCUAGCUGCUGGUGUGUGUGUGUGUGUGUGUGUGUGUCCGCUGUAUUUCUGAUCUGCAAUACUGCUUUAGUCUUACACACUGGAGCUAUUUCACUAUAUUGCUGUGUGUGUGUGUGUGUGUGUGUGUGUGUGUGUGUGUGUGUUGUAUGUGUGCUAGUGGGUGAAUCUCAUGAAACCUGUUAAGAACAUGUUAUACCCUAAAAUCAAAAGAAAGUGUGGAAGAAAAUUAUAUUUCCCUUAAAGGUGCACUCAGUAUUUUUUUUUCCUCCAUUAAAACAUAUUUUCUCCUAAAGAAAUUCAUUGUAGUUUUGAAACAUAUGUGAGAUGAAGAGUUCAGUCAUAUCAGUAACCUCAUAAAAGCGGUUUUAUUCCACACAGGGGAGGGGCGCCUCAUGGGGGCGGCCAUUUUAGAAUCACAUGACCACUUAAUACUUCUCGCUUUAUCUCAGUAACAAUUAAUCAGUGAAUUUCUACAAUGGCAUCUGUAACUGAUAACUAUUGAUUUUGAAUGAUGCAUCCACACCACUAGGUGUCACUGUAAGUACAAGAUGACACAAACAAAAAGUUACUGAGAGCACUUUUAAAGAAAGUUUUUUUUCAAGCACAUUUCCUCCAAUUCAUACGGUAAUGCGAAACAAUCUCAUUCUUGCGAAAUAAAUAAUAUGUUAUUAAAUUGUAAAUAUUUAAAUUCGUUUAAAAAAAUUAUUUGUCUUUUGAUUUUGGGGUGAAAUGUGUCCUGUACAUGUUUUCUCGAGAUUUACCCCACUAUUUUAUGGGUCUUGGGUUAGCUGUGCACAAUGGUGCAUGUAGAAAAGCCAAAAAAAAAGAAAACAAAUAAAAACAACUCCCAUCACUCAUUUCAAAGACAGCAGGAGGAGGGCUGUUGUCCAAAAAAAAAAAAAACGCUCCAGGGAAAAAAAGUAGAUGGAGAAUGUUGUGAUUGGUGGAUUCAUGUAGAUAGGCGCAGUAGUAGUUGCAUGCAUCUGUGCUUGGGUUGUUAUUUCAAGGUACACCUGGAAGUGUGUGCGUAGCAGUAUGACACUGCAUGAAUGUGUAUUAGCUCCUAUAAGCUGUGACGAUCUGUAAAAUUAUCAGACCCAUGUAGCUUGUGUGCGUGCGUGUAUGUAUGCGCGUGCGAGCGAGAGAGAGAGAGAGAGACCCUGCCAUGACCUUUGACCCAAAAUGCCUACUGAAAAAAGCACAUGUGAGCAUCGCUAAAGUGCCCGGCCUCACUCUGGUGCUGCGCUGCCAUGGUUAUUGUAUUUAUUAUUGGUAUUUAAAACAUGCAGUGUUUGGAAGGAGGGGCGGGGCUUGUGCGUGUCCAACCAUGUUCUUGUGUGACAGGUCUCCCCUCGUGGUUGCUAUGCUGGUUGCUAUGCUGUAUUGCUAGAACUACAAUGUAGAAUGUUGUGUGAUAGAGGACCGUCCAACAACAGCACACAAGCGGGGUCGAGACAGGUCAGAACUGACGAAAAACGGUACGGCGCAGAAAUAAUCUUAGUCCCAUAAGACCCGACACAUUCUCUAAGCAAGUACAUGAUCGCAAACCGCUAAUAUCGCAUGUUGUUAUGUUACGAAAUGUGUCGGAACGGAAUUCAUAACGCGACGCAAAUACGCUUUCCAUUCUCGGCUGUAUCGUCAUUAGUGUAAACUGUAUUUUUAAAAUUCCUGUUAUGGUGAAGCAACUGUUUGAAGGGAAUCUUGCAGAGCAAGUUAGCUAGCGUCCUGAUUAAUAACGCAUUAAAUUUAACAGCUUUAGAACGUAACGCCAUCGCCCCCUUAAGUUAAAGUUUGUUACUGCGGCACGUUAAGUAUGCACAACGUGACCUCGCUUGCAAUGCGUCUGCGUCUACGUACUUGCGAAACAAUUUCUGACCUUAAACUUAAGUUGUUUUUAUACGUAUUUUUUUUUUCUUUGAUAAAUUCUACAUAUUACAAAAUGCAGAAAAGAAUAGUGUUUCGCGUAGAAGUGCAUUUGCCUUAUUAUGUCAAUUUGACCUAAAAGCAGGUCGGAGGUUAAAACAAACAAACUUCAAUUCAAACGUUUCGACAGCUACGUCGGUUUCCGUCCAGUGAAAAAAAAAAACGCCUGAACACCGAAUUCGUUUCGGCUAAUGAGCUGUGGUUUUUGCCUGUGUGUUGACUCCUCCCCCUAGUGUUCUGUGUGCUGAUUGGUGGAUGAUUCGUGGCGCACGUUGAUCGUUUACACAAGAGUUAUGUCCGUUGAAAUGCCUUAAGUAUUUAACAAUCAUAAUUUAUUACUAACUGUAGAUAUCGUGGGUGUGUAUUUAAUUCUGUAUAGUUUCAUUUUUUUGCAAUUGAAUCAUAGUUUAUUUAUUUAGAAAUAACACAAAAUGAAUAAAACUCUUACCUCAUGUU